CGCCGAGUGAUGACGCAAUUUUAGCGCGACAGCGACACAAGCUCACGUGGAGUCUGUGAGCAACCAGAACCCACAACCAUGCUGCGGCUCCGGGCAGGCUGGCUGAGCGUGAUAGGAGGCAGCAUUCUGCUGAGUGAUAGCGCGAGGGAUCCCAGCGGUUCCUUCCUGUUUGACAGCAGCUCCCUGGAGAAGCCAAUCCCAACUCCAGGGCAGGAUUCCUCAGUCGACCCCCCGACCGGUUCCGACAGGAUUCUGGCCGCGUCUUUCUCCCCCGCGGGGGAUUAUUUUGCGUUGACCGAUGACAGUAAAAGACUCGUCCUCUUCCAGACUAACCCCACGUGGGAGAAAAUCAGCACCAGGGGGGUCUCCCGGCGCUGCACGGCUCUCACUUUCUCAGCGUGUGGAAAGCGUGUCCUGGUGGCAGAUAAGUCCGGCGACGUCUUCUCGUUUUCGGUUACUCGUGCGCAGGAGGAAGGACGCCUGGAACUGGGGCAUUUAUCCAUGUUACUGGACGUGGUCGUGAGUGACGAGGGUGACUAUGUCAUCACGUGUGAUCGCGAUGAGAAAAUCCGCGUCAGCGCCUGGAACUCCCCACACGUGAUCGCUGCCUUCUGCCUGGGACACCGAGAGUUUGUGUCGAAGCUGCUUGUUCUUCCAGGACCUCGCAAGCUGCUUCUCUCUGGAUCAGGGGACGGGUCGGUGCGGCUCUGGGAGUACGAGACGGGCCGAGAGGUUCACAGCAUCAGCCUGAGUGCGGCCUGUGGGGCCCCGGAGUCCCAGAGAUUGGCCGUCUCCAGGAUCAGUUGUUGUCCUCGUGGAGAGCACGUGGCUGUCUUGUGUGACAGGGUGUGCGGCUUCUACGUGUUCUCGGUCUCCUCUGUUCCACGGCUGGAGACGCCACGGUUUGUCUCGGUCGCCUCCACCCCCCUCGAUCUGGAUUUCGAUGACUCCUCUUCCCUUUGGGUUUUAUGUAGAGAUGCGGAGAGGCCCCUCGUGUGUUACGGACAGAUAGAUGGACGCUGGCAGCCAGUACCAGAAGACCCCUCUAUGAAGAGACAUUCGGAGGCGAUCAGGAAAAAUUGGGAGCGUUUGGAAGGGCCCGAGACCCCCGAGAGCCCCUUCACCAGUCUCUACAAAGCGGUGUGUGACAACAUGUCCUCUUACCUGCGCAAAAAGGAGGCGCGGAUCGAGGCAGAAAAGCGCAAAGUCUCUGCGGCCUCAGCUGUGUCGGUCAGUAAAAUACAGAAGACCGAGCGGUAGGGCCGGGGCCCCAAACCUGUGAGGGCUCAGCCAGGGCACUGAAAGAACCGUAGAUACCCCACGGAUGAGGGGGAAAGCAGGGGGGGGGGUUUAUGCUCAGAGGAGAGGAUCUGCGCCCGGAGCCUCCAGCUUCUACUUUGAAUGAUGGACGAAGAAGAAAAAGCUCUUCUGUAAGGUGGUCCCGCGACGAGCCCCCCCGAUCUUGUGUAUAUUCUGUAGUAGAGACUUGUCCUGACACCAGGAGGAGGUGGCUGCCAUGAAAUGUUUUGUUUGGUGGAUAAUCCUCGCUGUUUACAUUUUGGAUUAGAAAAGAUUUCUGAA